AAUCAGGUCUCUAAGAAGAAUAAUAGGACAAAUAAAGAAGAACUGCAUAAGAAAUGAAGUCUUCAGAGAGAAAAAACGCUGCAAAUUAUUUCACAAUGGUUUAUUAUUUCCAAACAAUUAUACAUCUAAAAUAA